UCAUGAUCAAUGUAGGCCCAGCAGUGCCACCUGUCAGUGUCCAUCAAUGCCAGCUGUCAAUGCCCAUUAAUGCCACCUGCCAGUGCCCAUCAGUGCCACAUCAACGCUACAUAUCAGUGCCUACCAGUGCACAUCAAUGCCACAUAUCAGUGCCCAUCUGAGCUGCCUUUCAGUGUUACCUAUCAGUGCCAGUCAGUGCCACCUAUCAAUGCCAUCAGUGCCGCCUAUCAGUGCCAGUCAGUGCCACCUAUCAGUGCGCAUCAGUGCUGCCUAUCAGUGCCCGUCAGUGCUGCCUAUCAGUGCCACCUAACAGUACCAGUCAGGGCCACCUACCAGUGCCAGUCAGUGCCACCUAUCAGUGCCGCCUAUCAGUGUCACCUAUCAGUGCCAUAUAUGAGUGCUGCCUUUCAUUGCCCAUCAGUGAUGCCUGUCAAUGCCCAUCAGUGCCACCUACCAGUGCCUCCUCAUUAAUG